UUAUUGCGCCCACUAUCGGUCGCUGCAAACGAAAACACUUUGCGCUGCAUUCCGCUUUCCCUUCUGGUUUCGGUGUGCAAAUGCGUUUCGCUGGUGAAAGUGCAACCCGUCACAGCGAUCAGUGGUCUGAAAAUUGCUCCUCGUCAAGUGAUAAACUCACUGCAACGUUUUGUGAUAGCAUUAGGAUUUGUGUGUUUGUGAUUUCGUGUGCUCCCUCCAUAACAGCGAAUGCAGCGCAGUGCAUUCUUGUGAUCGUGUGUCGUAAGGCGAAGAAAAUCCUUCAAAGUGCCCGUGUGCAUGUGCUUGUCGUCCCAUUGCAUCCUGCCGUGUCUCGUGAGCGUUGAGGCGGAAAACGUGACGUGCCAUUUUCCGUACCACAUCACAAUGCACACACGCGGGCACAGCGAAACGCAGUGAAAACAGGGUAACGAAGGAAGGUGCAAGGUGUACGGGUACAGGUGCACCCGGACUCACUGAUGCAACAGUAGGUGCACAGCAGGUACGGUACAGCUUGUGUGUGUUUUUGUAUCAGUGUGUGUGUGGUUGUUCGCCAGUGCAAUCGAGUCAUCGUCAUCAGCGAAUCGGGGAAAUGCCUUCAUCCGGGUAGGCAAAGUCCAAACAGCGCAGUGAACCUUCUGUUCGUAAUAGACAGAAAAUAAAUAAUAAUAACACGAGAAUGGCCAACUGAAUGACCCCCUGCAUUUCCCCGCGUAGCAUCGUUCUCGGGGUGAAGCAACACGAUAAUGAUAAGCCGCAGUGCGGACCGUCGGCGGAAUUGUAUUUGCUUUCAGUCGUGUGCCAGCCGUGUGUAGGGUAAGAUUACGCCACUCGCACGCCCAUACCGUCGACCACAUUGUUACAAUUAUCGCAAUGGAGCAGCAGCAGCAGCAGCCACAGGGAGCCGAAACCGUGGAAGGCGCGUCGGAAGAGCAGCAGAGCUUGAUGCUGUUCGACACGCUGAUCGAUCUGUGCCGCAACAACAUCGCCUACUUUGAGGGCGAUGAUACGGAAACCGGUUUGCGGCUGCACGGCGCAUUCGUCGGGCUGAUCGAUCACAUCGAGAUGGCCAAACCGCUCGUCCGGACGGUGCAGAGCUUCAUGGGCGAGUACGAUUUCGACCCGUCCGUCCCGGGGAACGGGUUUCGCAGCUUUCUGUACGUGGUCGAGUGCUGCGUCAAGACGGCGCUGAAACUGUCCCGCUACGUGAUGGAAAACCGCAGCACGAUCCUGUUCCGGAAGGCGGUGUACGUGAAGGAGGUCGAAGCGUACAACCACCUGAUGGCCAGCCUGUGUACCUGCCUGCAGCACACGCAAACGCUGCGCGAGUGGACCCGCCAGUCGGGCGACCUGUUCCCGGACGAGUCGCACUCGGUCGAGGAGCUGUUUGCGCGCGGCGGCAUCAUCAACCAGUACUGCUUUUACGGCCGGUGCCUUGGGUUUCAGUUUUGCGACUCGAUCAAACCGCUGCUCAAGUUCAUCUCGAUCGGGAUGGCCGGCUUCUCCGAGGGCUACUACUCCGAGGGCGGCCGGAUCUCGAAAGCAACCAGCCUGAUGUACACCAGCACCAAGUACAUGCUCGAUCCGGAGCUGCGCGCCCGGCGCAUCGUGAACAUUUCGCAAAACUCGAACGUGGACUUUUGCAAAGCGUUUUGGUUUCUGGCCGAGUCGGAAAUGAUGCACACGCUGCCGUCGUUCGUCGGCUUCAAGGUGAAGGUGAACCGGGUGAUAACGAUCCCGCCCGAACCGAUACAGCUGAAAACGGCCCGGGCGCCGGCGUCGAAUGGCGCAGAGCAGCAGCAGCAGCAGGAGCAGGAGCAGGAAGAGGACGUGUUUGUGGACAUUCCCAUCCCGAAAAGUCACGGCGGAGCGGCCCCGAUCAAGGCGCGGCUGAUAUCGGCCGUCAAGCGGAAGGGCAUGAUCGGCGAGCGGAGCAACACGCAGCGCAGCACCAUCUACCCGGCGUCCCGGGGCCUGCUGUUCCACUGUCACGGCGGUGGGUUCGUGGCGCAGAGCUCCAAAUCGCACGAAACGUACCUGCGCGAGUGGGCCGUCACGCUGAACGUGCCGAUACUGUCGAUCGACUACAGCCUCGCCCCGGAAGCACCGUUCCCGCGCGCCCUGGAGGAGGUGUUUUACGCGUACUGCUGGGCGCUGCGCAACUGCGAGCUGCUCGGUACGACCGGCGAGCGGAUCAUACUGGCGGGCGAUUCGGCCGGCGCCAACCUUAACCUGGGCUGCGCGAUGCGAGCGAUCGAGCUGGGCAUACGCCGCCCGGACGGCAUCUUUCUGGCGUACUGUCCGGUGCUGAUCAGCUUCGUGCCGAGCCCGGCGCGGAUGCUGUGCCUGAUGGAUCCGCUGCUACCGUUCGGGUUUAUGAUGCGCUGCCUGAAGGCGUACGCCUGUCCGAGUUUGGAGGUGCUGGAGGAAAACCGGAAGCGGCACGAGCAGCGCCAAGCGAUCGUGAAUGCGGGCCAGCAGAUGCGCAACAACAAUGUGAGCGUGGUGGUGCCGAGCGACGAGCGGAAGGUGGCGCAGGAGAAGACACCGGAUCGGUCGGAUUCCGGGGAUGAUGAUAACUCGAUGUGGGAGCAGCUGAACAGUGCCAACACGGUGCAGCUUCAAAAUCAGCACCUCAGCCCGGUAAGCGACACGGCAAGCGAUACGCUCGCGCUGCAGAGCCAAUCCCUCGGCAAUACAAUCGACAUCAUCAGCCCGGACGAAAGCAACACGAUCACGUCGCUGGAGGAGGACUCCCAGCCGAUCACGCUGCAGCAGGUUAACUUGAACACGGAGCGCAGCAAUGUGACGGUGGUCGAUGAUUUGGAUAUGGAUAUGCCGAGCGACAUUAGCUCGGAGCAAAACACGAACCAGAAUGUGGCGAACUUUAUCAAUAGCUACGUCCUCGACACGACCACCAAUGCUGCCGGCGAGCUGGAACCGAUCCUUCGUCCCGCGUCCCGUUCCCAGUCGGAAGAGAACAUCGUGCUCGACAUUGGCCGGGAAGCGAUAAGCGUUCAGAAUCUUCAGGAACGCGUCACGACGGCGGCGAGUAACUUUGUGAGCAAGGUGUCAAACACGCUCACCAGCAUUACCGCCUCGAAACCGAUCGCAGCAGGCGGCUCGCAGAACGAGCUGCAAACCAACCUGGAUGCACUGAUCGCCCGCAGCCCGUCCGACGAGUUCAUCUUUCACGUGCCGAAGGACUCCCACCUGUCGCCGUACUGGGCCUCCGAUGAGGUGUUGAGUCAAUUUCCCCCGACCAAGAUACUGACCGUCGUGCUCGAUCCCUGUCUGGAUGAUUGUGUGAUGUUUGCCAAAAGACUGAAGAGCUUACACCGGUCCGUUGCGCUUGACAUUUUGCCCGGGCUGCCGCAUGGAUUCUUAAACUUUGCAACUAUCUCCAAAGAAGCGCACGAUGGUUCGAAGCUGUGCGUGAAGCGUAUUGCCGAGCUGCUCGAAAUACCGACCACGCUGGACGAUCCGGGCACGAAGCAGGGCUGCUGUUAGCGAAAAUGCUGGUAAGGCAGUAGGGCGUCGUCGUCGGCUGCCAGGCAUUGUCGCCACUCGACUGAUAACUGUUGUUCCGUAAAGCCCAACCAAAAUUUGGAACCAAAACCAAGUAAACAACAGGCUCUAGAGGCUUUUAUUUAGCUCAAAUGAAACAAACAAGAGGCUCAUACUUCUGGUGCAUUACCGAACAACUCGAAGUGUCCAGCGACGGAACCGAGUGGACCCAAAGCACGUGCAUAGAAUGCGCAAUACACGCGUCGUCGUUAAACGUCCCUUUUUGUGAAGCAAAAACACAAACCGAUUGGCCUUUGAUGCUACAUCACACCCCUCGCCCCCCUUUGUGUAUUUAGUGCGAUGCGGCUUUAUAUUAUUACUAUUAUUGAUGCACCUUUUUGCAAUCAGCACCAACAAAACCAAAAGAAAAAGAAAAAACACUCAACCAAAACGCUCUGGCGUAGUGAACACGCGAGCAUACUAUGCAUGGUGGGGCGUAAUUUAUUAUCUGCCUUGUCCGUUUUGCGCUUACUGAAUCUUACUGGAUAUAUAUACAAAUAUUUCGUAAAGUUGUGUGCAUCUAUUUGCUGCUUACUCUACGCGAUACCGAUAUUCAAACUUAGUAUGAUUAAUGUAAGAGGGUCGCGUUAGGAAAAGUUUGGAGAACAAGCGAUAAUCCACCGAAACCUGCCGGUGCUUGGGUAGUACGUAAGUCGAGGUAAUUUGUGAUUAUGUUAUCCUUUUACUUUUGUUAUCCGUGCAACACGGUUGUUUUGUUACAACAGAGUCUCGCUUUGUUGUGCCCCUUUACAAAUACUACAAUACUCCAACUGAAUUGUGAACAAACAAGCAAACAAUUGUCUCGUUGUGGCUAGUGCAAGGAGAUUUGAAAAAUAUUUGAAACAGUCCACAAAGACAAUUAGCGUAUGUUAGGGUUAGCGAGUAAGCGGCAAAACCAGUUUAGCAGCAUCACACCAUCGCACCUGCCUGAAUGGUGAAGUGUGAAAACUCACGCGUGUUAUUUCUUGUUGUUACAAAAUGUUACACUACCAACCAACGGUUAAUAUUUGAAAGUACGGACUAUUGUUUCUAGGAAAUGGGAAAUUUACAGGGGAAACAAUAGCCGAAUGAGAGGACAGUCAAUCAUCAUAUCCAUCCGUUUGUGUGGCAUAAUGGUUCCAAGACAAAUCACAUCCAUAUUUUCCGGAUACUUACAAUCAUCUUCAGUAGGGUUUGUUAUCACAAAACAAAAAGACUGGUUUUUUUCGUCUUUAUUAUCCUUCCUUGACCCUGAUUUCUUGCAAAAAAACACACAUAUGCUGUGGCAAAUGAUAUGAAACAAUCACUAUGUUCUCGUUCAUACCCAUUGGAAAGGAAAGGAAAGUGAUAAUUAAACUAUAUUUAAAGCAACAUUUAAGCAAAACAAAGAACAAACUACUCUAUGUGUACGAAACUUUACAGUUUACGCAAAUAAUAAGAUGAUAUUUUUGUGGCGCCGGAGAAUGUGACUUGUGUAUACAGUCAUACAUACUACUUCUACUACUAACUAAGUAACGUCUUUCAUUCUUUUCUCUCGGUAUAACGAUAUAUUAAAAAAUACUUUCUCCCAUUUUUAAACAAAUCGAUUCGAGGAUGACUAAAACUAAAAUAAUCUCGCCAAUCUGUCUCAAUUGUCCUGGUGAAAACCAAAUCUAAUGUGAGAUGAUUAUUGUAAUGGGAAAUCAGACCGGAACCGUACCUAAAUUUUGUGCGAAAUAUAUAUUUAAUGUAUUUUCUCAACUGACAAAAAAA